UGAUGUAAAGUUGAAGCCGCCUCUCUAGUGACAGAUGACGUGCAAGUCGACGAAAACAUCGUUUUAGAUUGACGACAGAAAGAGCCAAUGGCUGCCGAAGAAGCGACGACAUUCAUGAAUGGACCAAUGGCAGAGAGCUAAUGCAAUCCCAGGAAACAAUUGUUUAAGUUUAGCUGGACUUGUUUUGUUUUGGUUAACCUCCGAGGCCGAGGUUUUUAUCACAAUGUAACGGUUAAUUACAGUUUGGUGGUUCAGAAGUUUUAGUUUCUAAUAUUUUUGCAAUGGGGUCACCGAAGUUCAACGUAGGAGAAGAAAAUUCAGCGACGGCAGCCACAAUCGCAGAGGCUAAGUUGGUGUGUCUGGGAGUAAACAACCAGAGCUACAUCUGUGAGUUGGGUCACUGCUGUGGAGAGACGCAGUGCUGCAGCUACUACUAUGAACUGUGGUGGUUCUGGUUGGUUUGGACUCUGAUCAUUAUUCUGACAUGCUGCUGUGUGUGUCAGCACUGGCGUUCCAAGCAGCGCUUCCAGCAGCAGCGCCGGCAGAACGAGAUCAACCUCAUCGCCUACAGAGAGGCUCACAACAACUCUCACCUACCCCUCUAUCUCAGAUUCUUACCCACCUACCUGCUGCCAGCCUAUGAAGAGGCAGUUGACCACCCUGCCACACCUCCUCCACCCUAUACCCCUCUCCAGUCAGCACUUCCACCCACAGACCCACCUGAUGAAUUGCCCUGCCCCCACUCAGCUGUCUCCAUCCCCAGUGAUGCUGAUGCAGAGCACCCUGCUACUCCAGGGGCUAUGCAGACCAACCUUCACAGCGCUUACAACCCCAACAAGGACUCGACACCGGGCAGGUACCGGCGCUUCACUGGGGAUUCUGGGAUCGAAGUGUGCGAUGGCCAGGACCUGUGGGAUCAGCACAGCCUUUUAGAAAGAGAAGAAGAGACAGAGGCAGAAGGGGUUGGUCAAAUGGAGGACCUAUGUGAUCGCUGUGGUCCCAAGACCUGUGAACACAGCCAUAUCAGUGAUGCAGUCAUUCAUGACAACACAGAUGGACAGACAGCUGUGGAUACAGAGCCACAGUCUCUUAGGUAAUCUGAAACAAAACUCUGCAGCAGUAGCUGAUGCAAUAUUCUACCUUUGGUGCUCAGGGGUUUGGUCCAUAUGUACAUGUAUAUGUUUGACUAACACCAGUGUGUGUGACAGGUCUGGAGACAAAUGUAAGGUAUGACUAAACAAUUUCCAAUAAUUUAAAGCUAAAUUAUGCAACUUCUGAUUCGAGGCUGAAAGUGUGAUUUUAACCAAGCUCCCCCCCCCCUUCACAUUUACAGCUUAUCUUGAUGAGCUGGCUGCUUGAAAAUGGCAUGAGGGCUGAUAUAACACCAUCUUAUGUAGAAACAGAUAUAACAGAUCUGCUGUCUGUAAGCAGCACUGAUGUUCAUGUUUUUCAUAUUUACCUUCACAGUUCUCUCUUUUUAAAGCUUUGCUCAGUUGUUUUCAGAGUUAAAACACUUGCACGUACCUAAAGGGGCUGCUGCUCUGUCACCGGCUGUAGCAUUUUACUAGUAAAGUAGCUGUGAGGGUUGUGCUAUAUCAUCAUGUAUACCCUGAAAUGAUACAGUGGUAGCUAGAGCUUGACUGUCUUCAUUUCUGCGGCCGAUAUCAAUAUUUGAGCAUUUGAAAAGUAAAAUGUAUUUUUACAUAAACAAACAUUUCUGAUAAGGAUCCCUUUGGAUUUGAAUAUUAAAGAAUAGCAACAAGAUAUGUAGUGUUUUACAUUUUCCAGUGUAAAAAUAAUCUUGUCAGUGCUCUCUGGUGGACAAACUCUGCAAUGGAGACAUUGUUUGUAAGCGGCCUCAAACAUAUCUUUGACAUUACUAUACUGACAUUUCUUAUUACUAUUCCUGUUACUAAUCAGCUGACACAUACACUGAUACAGAUUUAUCUAUGAUAAGUUAAUAUCGGCCUGCUGAUUAUAGAUCGGGCUCUAUUUGGUAGCAGUCUUUAAUAUCUCAGGGUGUAUUAGGGCAUUUUAGCAAAUCAAUGAGUAGGACUGCUUCAGGGUUUCAUUAGAUUUUUCUAAAAUUGUUCUUAUUUUUAAAUCAAUGUGGGAAGUACCUUGACUUAUCAAAUUUUCUGGAUUAACCAUAAGCAGACAUUCCUGUUAUUGUCCAUAGGCAGUUUCUCAAUAGAUUUUCUCAAUAGGUUUUGAGCGGCUGUGGCUCAGCAGGUCGUCCACUAAUCGUAAAAUGGGUGGUUCGAUCCCCAGCGCUUGUAGUCCACAUGUCGUAGUGUCCUUGGGCAAGAUACUGAACCCCUAAUUGCUUCCAAACGCUGUGCCAUCAGUGUGUGUAUGAUUAGAAACUC